AUGACGGACACUAUCUCAUCUAACACCAAAUAUCCCGCGUGGCAAUCCAUCCAAACCCCCACGAAAAAAAGCGAAGCAAAGUCACUCAAGCCUGCGACCAAUGUAGAAAAGGAAAAGCUAGGUGCUCUGGAAACUUCCCUUGCACCAAUUGCGUUUAUGAUAAGAAGGAUUGUUCUUACCAGAACGAUUAUGCUCGUGGCCGUAGAACUAAAAUCCUUCCAAAUCCAAAUUACAAACCCGACCCUCAACACAAAGUCUUCGUUGGUGGAUCUAACUUGA